ACUUCGCUCUUGUUCACGCACCCUUCGUUCGUUCAUAUACUACAGUCGUUUGCUUUUUUGUUGACUACUACUACUUUCGCUUAUACUUUUACGGAGCUCAUGUGCAAUCUUGUGUCUCAUACGUAACGUAACGGUGGUUCGUAGGCCCAGUGCGUUUGCUGCUGGAUAAUUUCUUUUUAAGCGGGGACUUGAGCUGUUUUUGUUGCUUGAUCUUCAAUAUUUACCAGGGAAACACUGGAAAACGUUUGGGUUGCUCGACUGCAAUAAUGGUUCAAUCUCUAUCGCUGGCGCUGUUGGCCAGCUUGAGCACUGUCGCUUCAGCUAUCCCGACAAUCGAAGUAAAGGGCUCCAAGCUCUUCACUAGCGAAGGCAACCAAUUCUACGUCAAGGGUAUCGCGUACCAGCUUGUCCCAGACGAUCCGCUCGUCGACGCGACGCAAUGUGGCCUCGACUCUGCCCUCAUGAAAACCAUUGGCGCCAACUCAAUCCGUGUUUACCACGUUGACCCUGAUGCUGAUCAUACCGAUUGCAUGAAGGCCUUUGCGGAUGCUGGAAUCUACAUCUGGGUCGAUCUCGACACCUUCGACACAUAUGUCGAGCAAAACACACCUCGAUGGGAGUCUGACCAACGCGAUGCUUACGCCAAAGUAAUGGAUGAAUUCCACCAAUAUGACAACGUCGCAGGCUUCUUCGUCGGCAACGAGGCCAUCACCACCUCAAACGGCUCCGUCACAUCGCCCUACAUCAAAGCCGCCGCACGUGAUAUGAAAGCUUACCGCGACAAGAAGGGAUACCGCAACAUCCCCAUCGGCUACUCCGCCGCCGACAUCGCCUCGCUGCGGCCCAUGUUGCAAGACUACCUCUCAUGUGGCAACAACGCCUCGGAGCGCGUCGAUUUCUUCGCCCUCAACGCAUACUCGUGGUGCGGCGACAGCUCCUACCAGCAAUCAGGCUAUGACAACCUCGAAAAGAACGCAAAGGAUCUCCCCGUUCCCAUCUUCAUGUCCGAAACAGGCUGCAACACUGUGCGCCCGCGCGACUUUAAAGACCAGGAGGCACUGUUUGGCGAAAUGGCGGAUGUAUGGUCCGGCAGUAUCAUAUACGAAUGGAUCGAGGAGCAGAACAACUACGGCCUGAUUAGUUACGGGCCCAAGGUUGAUCCUGCGAGUCCCAAUGCGCCGCCGGAUGGAUUUCCUCGCUCCGGCAAACCCACACCCGUCGAACCAGACUUCCCCAACCUCUCAGCCGUCUGGAAAACUCUAAAUCCUACCGGAAUCAAGGCUUCGGACUACAAGCCCACUCUCACAUCUAUUGCCUGCCCAGCCUUCACUAAAGGAGCAUGGGAAGUCGUCCCCACAUCCGCUCUUCCUACCCUGGGCCAGAAACACAACUAUGACAAUUCCCCUACAUCUGGUGGUUCCAGUGCCACACAGACUUCUGGUUCUGGAGCAAGACAAUCGGGUUCUGGAUCCGGUACUGCGGAUACGUCUGCACCACAGCCCACUGCGGCAGCGGCAGAUGGUUUGAGCAAGGGGCUCAGGAGCACGGGUGCUAUGCUGCUUGGUGUGUUGAUCGUGUUUGCUUGGUUGUAAAACAAAAGCCAUUCCCCUCUUUUUUCUCUCUCUCCUGGAAAGCAAUUGUGUUUUGAGUAUCAUCACCCACACGUUCUGCGUGUAGUACAUAGUUUCGAGUCUACUUACUUGAUUAGGUAUGGUACAUGGCACAUGGGGCAGAAUUUAACGAGAACAUGAAGGAUUUUAAUGUAUAUGAAUACCCCGCUAUGGAUCGGGCUGAAAAUACAAAAAAACUCACU